ACGUUACUUUUCCUUUGAGGGAAAAAGUAUAACCCACUAUGCUUUUGCAUUAUAUCUGCAGCCAACUUUAGAUUACCCUUUUUUCCCAAUUUGAGGCCAUCUCAAAUGCCCCUGAAUGAAUAGACUGAAACCAACCCUUUCCCAAUUCCCUCCAUUAUUCUUCAAUUUGCCUCUAAUUUUUGGCACCACCGGUUAUCAGCAAUCAAGCCCCAAAUUCCAACAAUGUAGUUUCAUUUUCAAACACACCGUGAUUUCUUGACUUGCCUAACUAAAGAAAAUGAAAUCUUCCAUGGAUUCCAAUAAAACCUGUGUCUUUUCAAAAACCAAGUCUUACAUCAAUGCCUUAAUUGACAACCUAUCUUGGGUUUGUAAUUUGUUUCCAUUUCUUCCGAUCCAGAUAAGGACUCGACGGCUUCUUUUGUCACUUACUCCUUAAAACUGCCAAAAUUCAAAGGGAAUCACGUUUUCUAGCUCCCCUGUUUUCCACAAAUCCUCGCCUGUAAUUACAAAACCCGUUUAAUGCAGCAAUGUUCUCGCGACAACACAUAAAGAUAAAACCUGAAAAGAAAGUAAAGGCGGUCGAAAAGUAGAAGAAGUUUCCAACGUUCAAUUAGAAUUUAUUCGCCUCUUUCAUCGCUUUUCAUGUGAAACUCUGAAGAUUCUAAAUCCUAAUCCUACUUUUUAACUUCUUUUCCUCGUAGUUGCCACCGUCUUCAUGCGAUAGUUUCAUUUCUCCCCAACGUUACUGUCUUUCGCUUUUGUUACAAAACCUGCAAAAAAACCAAACCCGUAACAAAGCAUGCUCUUUCGAGUGUUUCUGUUUUUUCUUUGAAAUGAGAAACCCAAAUUUCAAAACUUUACUUUUCUUAAUUUUGUGGUUUUCUUUCGUUCUUCCUCUAGUGAUCUCAAUUAAUGGAGACUCCCAAAUCUUGGUUCGGGUCAAAGAUUCUCAGCUCAAUGACCCGAAUGGAAUGCUCCAUGACUGGGUUAUUUCAACGCCCGAUCAAAGCCCGUGUAAUUGGACUGGCAUUACCUGUGAAACUCAAAACCAAACUGUUGUUUCAAUUGAUCUUUCUGUGUUUGGUAUCUCAGGCGGGUUUCCGUUUGGGUUUUGUCGGAUUUGGACCCUCCGAGCUCUCUCCCUCGCCGGAAAUUUCCUCAAUGGUUCAGUUUCUUCUCAAGCUCUCUCUUCAUGUUCUCAUCUCCAAGAGAUUAAUCUCUCCGACAACUUAUUCACCGGCGAGUUACCGAAUUUCCCUUCUGAGAAUUUGGAAGUUCUUCAACUUUCUAACAACAACUUCACCGGCGAUAUCCCCCCGAGCUUCGGACAGAUACAUGCUCUCAAAGUUCUCCAACUUGGCGGGAACUUACUCAACGGAAAGGUUCCUUCAUUUUUAGGUAAUCUCACUGAGUUAACCCACUUCGAACUCGGUUACAAUCCUUUUAAAGCAAGUCCUUUGCCGAGCGAAAUUGGAAACUUGUCGAAACUCGAAGUUCUAUGGUUGACGAAGUCGAAUCUUGUCGGAGCAAUUCCUGCUUCCAUCGGAAAUCUGGUUUCGUUAAAAAAUCUCGAUUUAUCAAGUAAUUUUUUGAGUGGUAAAAUUCCAGAAAGUUUAUCAAGGUUAAAAAAUCUGGAGCAAAUUGAGUUUUAUGAAAACCAGUUAUCAGGUGAAUUACCUGAGAGUCUAGCUAAUCUGAAAGCUCUGCUUCGAUUCGACGUGUCACAGAACAGUCUCACCGGUAAAUUACCAGAGAAAAUCGCUGCGUUGCCUCUCGAGUCUUUAAAUCUCAACGACAACUAUUUCACCGGAGAAAUUCCUGAAGUUUUAGCUUCCAAUCAAUAUCUCGUGCAGUUAAAACUCUUUAACAACAGCUUCACCGGAAAGUUACCUUACAACCUGGGUAAAGUUUCUCCUUUAGAAGAUUUGGAUGUUUCAACAAAUAAUCUUACCGGGGAGUUACCGCCGUUUCUUUGUUACAAAAAGAAGCUUCAACGCAUUGUCGUUUUUAAGAAUCAGUUGUCGGGAAACAUACCGGAAUCCUACGGUGAAUGUCACACGUUGAAUUAUAUUCGAAUGGGUGAUAAUGCACUUUCUGGUUUGGUGCCGGAAAAAUUCUGGGGUCUCCCUUUAUUUCAGUUCCUUGAAUUAGAAAACAAUCAUUUCGAAGGUUCGAUUUCUCCUGUAAUCUCAGCCCUUCAGAAGCUGACAAGUCUACGAAUUUCUGGUAAUAAUUUCUCCGGCGAGAUUCCAGAAGAAAUUUGUUGGUUGGAGAAUGUGACACAAAUUAAUUUGAGCCAAAAUAGAUUUUCCGGUGAACUGCCGCUUUGUAUCGCUGAUUUGAAGUUGCAAAAGCUUGAUUUGCAAGAUAAUGAGUUAACAGGGAAGAUACCAAGUUCAGUGAGUUCGUGGACAGAGUUGACCGAGUUAAACCUCGCCAGAAACCGAUUCUCAGGCGAAAUUCCACCCGCCCUCGGUAGCUUGCCGGCAUUAACUUACCUUGAUUUGUCCGGUAAUUUACUGAGUGGUAAAAUUCCAGAGGAUUUAACGAAGUUGAGGCUGAACCAAUUUAACCUUUCGGAUAAUAAGUUGAACGGUAAAGUGCCUUCAGGUUUUGAUCACGAGUUUUUCAUUUCGGGUUUAUUGGGUAAUCCGGAUCUUUGUAGCCCGAAUUUGCAACCGCUUCCUCCGUGCGCUAGAACCAGACCCUCCACCUAUUACGUUGUGGCUAUUCUAGCAAUUUGUUUUCUCCUUCUUAUCGGGUCAGUCCUAUGGUUUUAUAGAACCCGCUCCAAGUUUGGAAGUAAAACCCGACGCCCGUAUAAAGUCACAGCAUUCCAACGAGUCGGGUUUAGUGAAGAGGAAAUAUUCCCGUUUCUAAAAGAUGAGAAUAUCAUCGGAACAGGUGGAUCGGGUCGGGUUUACAAGGUUAAACUUAAAACGGGUCAAACCGUGGCAGUUAAGAGACUAUGGGGAGUUAAACCCGAGACGGAUACAGUAUUUAAAUCUGAAACCGAGACAUUGGGUCGGAUCCGACACGGCAACAUCGUAAAAUUGCUGAUGUGUUGCAGCGGAGAAGAGUUCAGGCUUUUGGUUUAUGAGUAUAUGGAGAACGGGAGUUUGGGUGACGCGUUGCAUGGGGAUAAGUGCGCAGGUUUAAUCGAUUGGCCUAGGAGGCUCACGAUAGCCAUCGGCGCAGCUCAGGGGCUGGCUUAUUUGCACCAUGAUUGUAUGCCUGCUAUCGUGCACAGAGAUGUGAAGAGUAAUAAUAUACUGUUGGACGAGGAGAUGAUGCCACGUGUGGCGGAUUUUGGUUUGGCUAAAACGUUGCAGAUUAAAGUUGGGGAUUGCGAUGGGGCCAUGUCUCGAAUCGUCGGGACCCAUGGCUACAUUGCGCCAGAAUAUGUUUACACUCUAAAAGUGACUGAAAAGAGUGAUGUUUACAGUUUUGGUGUGGUGCUGCUAGAAUUGAUUACCGGCAAAGGGCCAAAUGACCCUUCAUUUGGUGAGAACAAAGACCUAGUGAAGUGGGUCACCGAGGCUGCUCUAUCAUCAUCAUCAUCCGCCGAUGGAGGAAUGGACAGUGGUGAGAAAUGCUUUAGAAACCUAGCCCAUAUUGUUGAUCCAAGGAUGAACCCAUCUGCAUCUGAUAUGAAGGAGAUUGAGAAAGUUUUGAAUGUGGCUCUUAAAUGUACCUCUGCAUUUCCCCUUAGCAGACCUUCCAUGAGAAAGGUAGUUGAAUUGCUUAAGGACCAAAGAUGUGGGCAAUUGGUAGCUGUAUGACUUUGAGACAACCCGUUGUAGCACAUCUUCCCUUCUUGUGCCAAAGUAGUUUGCUAACAUGGUGGGUUAGCCCUUGUAUUUUGAGUAGUUUUGUUUAUGUAUAUUUCUAAGUAAUGAGAAAUGUAAAAUGGGUUGCUUUGCCUUUUCAUUUACAGAGAAAUUUCACCAUUGAAUUGCACCAAAUUCUAAAUUUGCAUGUUAAUAUAUACCAGUGA